AUGCCGAUCCAAGUCGUCGAGUAUGACCCCGCCUGGCCAGAAUACUUCGCCUCCCUCUCCGCCGAGCUCGCCACAGUCCUCGCCGGCCUUCCUGUGCGCAUAGAGCACGUCGGCUCGACCUCCGUUCCGGGUCUCUGGGCGAAACCAGUCCUCGACGUCGAUAUUGUAACGGCGCCAGCUCAUGUUCCAGCCGUCAUCGCUGCCCUAGCGGCGGCAGGGUACACGCAUAGAGGCAACCUCGGCAUUCCUGGACGCGAAGCUAUUGCCAGCCCCUCGGAUGUCUGGCAUGCAGCCAAGCACGGCGGGCUAAAGCGUAACAUCUACGUCUGCGCCGAUGGCUGUCUGGCGCUGCGCAAUCACCUGGCCGUGCGUGACGUGCUGCGGGAAAGGGAGGAUGUGCGCGAGGAGUAUGCAGCAACGAAGAGACGGCUGGGAGAGCAGACGGACGACAUCAAUGUGUAUGUCGAGGGAAAGAGCGAGGUGCUGGGGCGGAUACUGGAGGCUGGCGGCAUCAGCGCGGCGGAGAGGGAAAGUGUGAAGGACGUGAAUCGCGCGUCGGAGCCGACUGGCGCUUAA